CGGGGUAUCAGGUUACUGCAACUAUGGCAACAAGUGUCGUCAUCACGUGGGGCGUACAGGUACUAGCCGACAGUGGGUCAUACCAGUCUGUGCUCGGCACAUUUUCUCGUGUGUUGCUGGGCUUCCGGAAGACUGGACUCCCCAAGAUGGACGAAAGGAGGAAGUUGCACAAACAGUACAAGGAUUUGAAGUGUUACGGGUGGAUGGCUGCACUCCUGGCGGCGGGUGGGGCAGCCGCCAUCAUUGUUUGCGGAAUCUACAUCGUCAAGCCUGUGGUGGAAACCAACUCCCUUGAGUUCAAACACACAACUUGUACUACGACUGGGAGCUCUCUCACUGGACAAUGGAUUGAUUGCAGUUGCGGCAGAAGUUGCAGUUCCAGUUUCCCCUGUCUGCGCAUGACUGUGACGUAUGAGGGGAGCACCAAUGGUAACACCAGCAGCAGCAGCAGCGCCGUGCUGUUCGACACUGAACAAAGGCUCAAUGAUGAUGGGAACAACGCGCAGAACCGUCAGUGCGUGACAGCACCAUGCGAAAGGAACUCACGUGACAACCAAAGAGAGGUGCUGCGCUUCAACGAGACCUACGCGCCUGGGAAAAACUACUCAUGUCUGUACCAUCCAAACGCGCGCACGAAAGUUCUUCUGAAGCGACUGUUCACUUGGGAUGACAUGUUCCACUCCAUGUUGUGGAGUAGUGUCGGGUUCGUCAUCUUUGCCUUCAUCACCUUGUACAUCAUGGGAGAGUGUAAGAAGGUCAAAGACAAGAUGCGUUCCGUACAGGUAGCAGCACCGGCUGUGUCCGCGGCCCAGCCGGGGCACUUCAUCCCACCAUCAACGGCCUCAGGGCUUCCACCACCCCCGGCCUACCCUGGAGUACAGUCCGGUGACUCACUGCCCAUGCAACCCCCACCCCCGUCCCAAAAUUUGUACGACACCAAAUACUCUAACUUCUCUCAACAACAGUCAGGAUUAACAUACAGCUGAAUCCACACUCUGUACAGACUGCUCUCCAACCAAUUCCAUCUUUAAAAAAAGUUGAUGUUGUGUAUCAGUUUGAAAAUGCACGCCAAGCCUAAAAGACACUAGAAAAUGUUAGGCCUAUGUCACAAUUGCUGGGGACCAGACCGGGCAGCUUUCAGGAACGAAAAGUGUGAUAAUAAAAGACACCAAACUGCACAAGACAAGAGAACAGUCGUGGACAUUAUUUGUGUAUAUUUUUACGGUCACAUUUCUAUUUUCGUUUCCACAAACAGCCCGGCCGGUCCUUGGUUUGGCAAUGUAAUGUUAGCAUCAUGAAAACUCUCACUGAUUGUGCCUCCUCCUCUAGCGACAUGACCAGUGAAAGUGCUACUAGAAGCUUGAUAUAUAUAGUCAGGCUAUGGUAAAUGCCAUUGAUUCUACAGAUGUGUGUGUGUGUUCGUAAGAUGUGUAUAUACUUGUAUCUCUCUUUGUAUAUACAGUAUACUGUAUAGAAAUGUAGUUAACUUUUGUACCUACAUUUCAGAAAUUCCAUAAAAUUAAAAUCUUACUUAGGUAGUAAAAUAGUUGCGAUGUCGUUGCUAUAAGUUGCAUCUAAUAUUUAUUGUUGCAACGCAGUGUUGUCGUCAAUUCUGUCACCAGUUGGGAACAAUGUAGAAAAGACAGGUGAAGUCAUGUGAGGACAACAUUUUCACAUGUCAAAGGCCAGGGCAUGUGACUGACUAAAUAUAAAGACCUCCUUACGUAAGUUAGCAGGUCACGCUUGGAUGCUCUUGAAAGAACCAAGUCAGUGGUGUAUGCGGAUACAAACAAAAUGCCAUACCGCCCUUGACACUUCGCAAACACCUGUCUUUUAGCACUGUUGGAACAUUGCAGAGAAGCAAAAUACUCUUAAAUACAGCAUUUCCACUACUUAGAUAUCAGAAUAUCGUCACUUUUUGACGUACUGUUAAAGUAGUAGUAGUG